GGAGUCAGCACUCAGUCCACUUCCCUGUGCGCCUAUCGCUGCAGGUGCCCCGGGCCCGAGGAGGGCAGCGGAGUCCGGGGCCGAGCAUCCGGGGCUACGGCUGUACCGGGAGCGCAGGAGCCUCGAGGGAGAACCGCUGCAGCCACUCCUCCCUCCGCCAGCCUAGGGGCGGCCCCAGAGGAGACCCCGAAGGGUCCCGGGGGGCCGGGGCUAUGAAAUGAGGUUCAAGCAAGUGAGUCUUUUCGCGUUGUUGACUCUGGGCGCCUUCCUCUCCCUUUCCUGGCUCAGCGCAGAAUGGAGCCGUUGGAGCGGAUAUGAAGUGAACGCUUAUAAAAACCAGAUUUUGAAGGUUCAGGAAAGACUGUUAUUUUUACAAGAAGAAAAUAAAAAAAGGUCUCUGGAGUUGUCAAAUGCCUUGAAUCAGAUCAAAUGCACCACUUCAGACAGAACAGUUUCUGCCACAGAACUUGAAGGUGGUAUGAAUUUGAAAACCCUUGGAUUUUCCAGCUUUGACUUCAUGAAGCUUAAUAGCCUAUAUUACCAUCUGCCUCAUCUAAGAUCUCAUGAAAACAAUAUUUAUCCAAAUAUAAUCUUUGGGAAAAAUAAAACAGGAGUCUCUGUGGUGAUGGGUAUUCCCACCAUAAAAAGAGAAAAAGAAAGUUACCUGAUACGAACGCUGAAUUCUCUCUUCUUCCAAAUGUCCACAUUAGACGAAGAGGAUUGUCUUGUGAUUAUCUUUGUAGCUGAGGUUGAUGAAACUUAUAUUAAUGAUCUUGCAAAAAUAAUCAAAGCUAGAUUCCCCAAACAAGUGGAUUCUGGAGUUUUAGAGAUGAUUUCUCCUCCAGCCUUUUAUUAUCCAUCUUUUUCAAACAUCAAGUUAACUUUUGGAGACUCGGAAAAAAGAGUGAGGUGGAGGACCAAGCAAAACCUGGAUUACAGCUUCUUGAUGCUAUAUGCCCAAGAAAAGGGCAAGUUUUACCUUCAGCUAGAAGAUGAUAUCAUAGCCAAACCAAAAUACUUUAUGGAGAUGAAGGAUUUUGCACUUGGGCAAACCUCUGAUUGGAUUGUACUUGAAUUCUCAAAACUCGGGUUUAUUGGAAAGCUGUUUAAAACCAAAGAUUUACCUUUGAUAGUGCAAUUUUUAAUAAUGUUCCACAAAGAUAAACCUGUAGACUGGCUUUUGGAUCAUUUAUUUUAUGUGAAAAUAUGUAACCCAGAAAAAGAUAAUCUUCAUUGUGAAAAGCAAAAACAGAUGUUACGCAUUCAGUAUAAACCUUCUCUCUUUCAACACGUGGGAAUGUAUUCAUCAUUGUCUGGAAAAAUACAGGAUUUGAAAGAUGUUGAUUUUGGAAAAAAUGAAUUAUAUCCAAUUCAUACCAAUCCACCUGCGAGUCUGCGUACUUCCUUAAAAGCCCAUGAGCAGUAUUCUUUGGAAAAUGCUUAUCUAAGAAGAGGAUUUUUCUGGGCCAUCUCUCCAAAAGCUGGCAACUAUAUCCUCAUACAGUUUCAUAACCCAUUGAACAUAAAGGAGUAUGUUUUUACAAGUGGAAAUGUUCAACAUCCUGGAGAUAAGCUGUACAAUACCAUUGUAGAAAUUUUACCUGAAAAUGAAACAGAUUUUUUAUCAAAUUUGCUAAGAAAUGGAAGUAAUUUUAACUAUGAAGCAACCAGUAAUGGGUUUUUUAAAAUAGAUACAUUUGAAGAUGGAGUAGCACAAGGCAUCAUAAAUCCUGCAGCAGGAAAAAUCAAGGCUUUUCGUUUAACUGUGUUGUCAGAUUCAUCUGUGUGGGCUAUAGUAGAUGAGAUAUUUAUCAAGACAAAUUGAAACUAUAAACCACCAAGAGUCAUGAUACAUAUUAGAAUCUGAUAGACUACUUUGAAUAUCAGACCAUCUAUUGCUAACUUGUUUGGAAGUAAUUAUUGUAAGAUGAAAAAUAGUAACAAGUGGACUUUAAAUUUUUGAGGGUUUUUUUUUAAGAAGAAAAAAAAAAUGAACCUUUUUAUGCAGAAUAUUUUUGCCCUGGAGAACUUGAAUACUAAGCAACUAUGUAUAAUAUAUAAAUAAUGAAGUCAAGGACUUUUAAAAUAAAUAAUAUUUUUAUCAAUUUAGAUAAGAAUUUAUGAUGUAUAAAUGUAUAAUAUGUAUAUAUAUAUACACACAUAGAUAAUGUGUGUAUGUAUAUUUAAAAUCAUACCACCUUUGACAAAGCUAGGCUUUCAUUGACCUUCUUCAUGUCCUGAGAUUCCUUGAGUGGAAGCCAGUCAUUAAUUUGGGUAUGAGUUGGGAGAAGUGUCAAAUCCAUAUUAAAAGAGUGGCUAUAGAUUAGAGAGUCACACCUCUCAUCUGACCUGCUUUAUCAGUCUUCAGCCAAAUAUUGAGAUCACUUUAUAUUCCACUAUUUCUUCUUCUACUACCUCACCCACCAUGUGCCCUCCCGACUUAAUACACUACAUUCUGAUAAUUUUUAUGGAAUGCUUAUCAUGCUACCUCUGUCCAUGUAUCUCAUUUGUUCACUGAAAAAAAAUAUACAUUUUUUUUUUUUAAUGAAAUCUUCCCAAGGGUCUAACAGGUUAUUAGGAAGGUCGAUUUACCUGAUAUUUGUAUGGUCUUGGGGAAAAAGGGGGAAUUUAAUUUUGUUGUCUUUUCACUAAGAGAGUGAAUUUCAGAAAACUAUUAAAAUUAUAGUAUGUUGUAUAUUUCCAGUUUAAGUUUUUUAUAGACAUAAAAAACAUUUUAAAAUUGGAAAGACAUUAUUUUCUAUAUUUCUGUAUUUCUCUACCUGUCAGAGUAUUAAGAUCCUUGGGCAGAGGAGGUUUGGGUGGCAUGUUAAUGCUAUUAGUAUUAGUAGGUAAUGCUAAUAGUGCUUCUUUUAUCUCCUAAUCUGAACAAGGUGCACUUUAAGAAAUAAAUGUUAAAUAAAAAUUCAAGCAAACAUAUCCUAAAAUGAGAAGGGGUAAAAGAAGUAGUAUGAUAGUAAGUUGGGGGAAAGAGAUCUACCCAUUCUUCAGUGCCUAAGAAGGAGAUGAAAACUCUCAAGCCAAAUUAACACAUGAAAAAUUUUAAGCUAAAACUAAAUGUGAGUUGCUUUAAGAACUUACAUAUGUUUGUAUGGAUGCUACAGUUUCAGUUUUGUUUUUAAAAUUAUAAUAGAGCUAUUAAAAACUGUCUAUUUUUAAAAAUAAAUAAUAAAUAUAUGUAUAUGCAGUACAA